UAUCAGGCGGCACUUCCGGCGGGUCAAAAUGGCCGCGACCGUUCAAGACUCACGUGUGAGCGCGGGGAAAAAGCUGAAGCGUUCCCUGAAGAAGAAGAAAAAGAUGAAACUGGUAGCCAAGGAUGAGGUGUCGAAUCGGGAAGAUGGGCUCAAAGAGUCUUCCGACGGAGAAGGUUCCAUACGAAGCUGGGAAUCAGAAAUGGACCAGUUGUCAGAUGAUGGUGCAGUAGAAGCCGACAGUGAGGACAAUGUUGAAUCCUGUGAGGAAGAUAAUGAUGAGGCUGCAGAACCAAGUGCUGGGACUAAUUCUGGCUGGGCAGAUGCCAUGGCUAAAAUCCUUAACAAAAAGACUCCGAAAAGUAAACCCACCAUCCUCACCAAAAACAAAGAGCUGGAGAAGGAGAAGGAGAAACUAAAGCAGGAGAGGUUGGAGAAGAGGAAGCAGCUUGAUAAGAAGCGGGAGUGGGAAAUGAUGUGCAGAGUGAAGCCAGAUGUUGUCAACGACAAAGAGGCAGAGAGGAACCUUCAAAGGAUUGCCACGAGGGGUGUGGUGCAGUUAUUCAAUGCAGUUCAGAAACACCAAAGGAAUGUCGGUGAAAAGGUUAAGGAAGCAGGAGGCUCCAUCAGGAAGCGAGCUAAGCUGAUGUCAACUGUUUCCAAGAAGGAUUUCAUCAGUGUUCUUCGAGGAAUGGAUGGUACAAAUGAGAACAGUUCUGCUGGGAAGAACCUAAAAGCCAGACAGACUGAAGUGAAAUCAGAAGAGGGCCCGGGGUGGAAGAUUCUGCGAGAUGAUUUCAUGAUGGGAGCCAGUAUGAAGGACUGGGACAAGGAGAGCGAUGAGCCUGCCGCCAGCCGGGCGGGGUCGGCCAGUGAGUGAGCAGACUGGGCGGACUCUCCCGCCCUCCUCCAAGACAUCAGCUCAGACUGCUGUUGGCAGCCAAGAGGCCUCUGUUAAAUCCCCGGACUGCGGAGAACACCUGCUCCAGUGCGCCUCCUUCCUGUGCGCGCUGCAGUCAGAGUCUGUUUUUAAUCCUCAUGUAACUUUAAGCAUUUUCAAAAAAUAUUUGUACAAAGGAUUAGGUUCCUUUCUUGAGCAGUAAGAUGUGUGUUUCUCUAGAAUCCUUACAUGUGAGCACAUACAGAUCAUACACCAGUGUUUCUCAUGUGUAAGCCCAUUCAUGAUUUAUGUACUUUGAUGUAUGAUUUUUCAGUGUACUCAGAUCCAUAUAUCUAUUGUGGGGCGUGAUUGAUGUCACUUAGGUUGGUAAGCCUUUAAGAAAACCUAUGUAGUAAAAUUUCAAAUUGUAAUUUUUGUAUUUGAAUUUUAGAAACACUGAUAAAACUGUCCAAUAUCCAUCCAAGAUUCCCCUAGACUUUACUCAAGUUACAAAAUUUGAAAGGAAAUAGGUCCUGGAUGUGACGUGUUCUCUUUUGAGAAGGGUUCAUCUCUGUCCAUCUUUCCAUAAAGUGAGCCCCCCCCCCCCCACCUGUGUGCACACACUUGCAUAUGCUUUGCGCUGAACCUAACCCUGCCCAGGGUGUGCUGGACCACAGAUGUUGAUGUCUUUAGAUCACUUUGAGUGCUGUAGAUCUUCUAUGACUACAGGUGAAUUAGCCCCUGGCUGGAGUUUGCCAUUAAAUGAAGAGGACUCACCCAUAGUAUACAUAUUUGGAACAUACGUGUUGUAUUAUGUGGCUGGUGUUUUUAUCAUUUUAAUCUAAGUAACUAUGAACAAGUUUUCCUCAGUAGUAAUGCAGGAAUACUAAGGUGUUUGGAUACUCCUUAGCACAGAUUAACAUUUCAACACAACACACGGCUAAUUUUGGGAAAGAAUGUACUACCUACAAACUUUUUACUUUUGAGAAUGAAAAUUUUACUUCAUUGUCUUCUGUUGACUGUUUUGGGGCCGUUCUAAGUGUUUGCAGCUUUUUUUCUGAAGCUCACAUUUGGAUGAUGAAAAUGAGUGACUGACUGCUUAUGAGGAACAGGUUGUCCUGGGGCAUAGAUUUGUGCUAGUUGAACCCAGCUUUCAAAAUGCAAGUAAGGAAGAAAGUGUUCACACAUUUCUUCUUUCAGAGGAAAUUUUAUUCCAUAAUAAAAUCGAGUCACCACUGAAACAAAGUGUCACUUUUGAGAGAGGCCAUGACAUAAUUUUGUUGCGUGGUCAUGUCUUCUAGGUUUUAGUGUCUUUGUGUCUUGCUUCAAAGUACUUAAGCAGAGGCAGUGUGUAUGAGGAGUCUAAGGCGAGUAUGGCUAUCUGGAAUUCUGGAGUCGGACUUCUGAGGUACCAGAGUCGUCUUGGAAAUCUCCAUUCUCUUGCUUCAGCUUCCCAAAUUUGGGAACUACGGGUGUGCACUACCACACCCAGCUGCUGAGUGUGUUCUGGAGUGGGUGUUGGAAAUAGCCUCUUUCUCUCGCCGUUGCCUUGUGGAUUUUUAAGUCUCUUCUGGUUCUACAUUAAAUUCUAUAAAGACGA